AUGUCGAAAAUCGAAGUUCCUCAUUCAAGGGAAGGAGGAACUUACGAUGAGUAUCAAAAAUCUCUAACAGAUAGGUAUCUUAAAUGUAUUUCAUCUCUUGAACAAAGUGCGCAAUCCCUUGCAAACGAAUGUAAGAGUCAAAUUUCAAAAUCUAUUCAGGAAUAUCAAGCUUACAAAGCAGGAGAAGAAUCAAAACUAAAAGAUAUACUUGAUUCAAUGAAAACUACAUCGGUUUCUUUUGAAGAUUUGAAAGAGCAAGUUAUUCAAAUCGGAGAAAAUGUUUUAAACCAUGCAAAUGAAUUAAAAUCAUCAUCAAUGAUUGCAUAUCAAAAGUCAUUUGAUCAAUUACAACCAAUGAUCGACAAAAUUUACGCUGAUUUGAAAGAUCAGCUUCCAAUUCUCGAUCCACAAUACUCUGAUAGACUUCCAACGGCAAUUAAAUCUCUUAAUGAGAUGUUUUACAAAAAUAAAACUCAAAUGGAAAAAAUGUUUGAUUCUUUUAUAGAAUCAGCAAAGAAAUCCUCACAAGAUAAUGUAGAUGAGUUUCUUAAGAGAAGUGAUGAUUGGAGAACAAAUAGAUUUGAAACUGUUUUUAAUGAUGCAAAGAAUAAGUUGGAUCCUUUAAAACAAUUAGAAUACGGAACAAUCUUCGAAGAUUUCUACAGAGAACAAGCGAAAUUUACACUUUGCUUCCAAAAAAUCAUUCAAAAUUAUACAAUUAUUAUGCCACCAGAUAAAUUCACUUCAAAAGACGUCGAACAAUGGUGGGAUAAGGCUGAAGAGAUGCUACAAUUCCAUAAUAAUUUUAUAAAUAUGUUUACAACCAAAAUUACUGAUCAUUUAAACGCGAAUAUUCUUACAAAUUCAAAUCUCUUGCAAGAUGUCGAACAAGAACUCCAACAAUUGAAAGGAGAUGCAGAGGCUGCUAAUGCCAUUGCAGAAUUAACACCUCUCCACAAACAUUCUCAAAAAUUAAAUUCAAUUUUCAUUGAAAAAUUGACAAAAUUCUGGGAUGGUAAAAGAACAGUCUUACGUAAAGUAUUUGAGACUCUUCACAGCUUCAUAUUGCCAAUUGUUCAAAGAUAUGAAAAAUAUAUCAAUGAAACAAAGAAUUGCUUUGAUGAAGUGAGUAAAAAUGUUACAACAGUAACUAAUAAGUCAAAUGAUGAGAUAACAAAGUAUGAAACUCAAUUUUCAGAGAAAGAAGCUGAAAUUUCGUUAUUAGCUAAUGAAAAAGACAUAAACAAUACAGUUACUGUAUGCAAAGGUAUAUUAGAUCAGAUAGAAAAGGAAUACAGAUCAUCAUAUGAUCAAAUUGUUGAAAUUUAUGACCAACAACCCGAAAAAGUCAAAAAACUCUUUGAAGAAGGCGAAACAGAGCUCCUUACCAUAUUGAAACUCCGUAAGACAGUCAAUGCCCCUGAAUUCGACAGCUUUGUGAAAGCUACAAAUUCUCAUUCGAGAAUUAAUUCAGCAAGAAAGUCAUCGGCUAUCCUUAGACGUCCCAAACUCAAAGACUUGAAAUUAAAUAUAUUCAUUUUCGGAGCAAACAACGGAGCCAAAUUCGAAGAAAUCGAGCCAAUUACUGUAAUUCCAGAAUUCGACGAAAAUUCCGACGAACAGAACAACCAAGGAAAUCAGAAGGGCAAAGGCAAAGGAAAACCUCCAAUUCCUAAGCCGAAAAAGCCACUUCCGAAAACUCCAAAUAGUAAGAACAAAGGUAAGAAAGGAGCUCAAGAUAACGAAGAUUACGAUAUGCCAGAAUUCAACCUCGUAACAAGUAUUCCUAAAAUUGAUGAUCAUCUUGCUAUUGAAAUUUAUACUCCUCAAAACAACGAAAUUUCCUCAUGGGUUAAUGAAUUCAGGAAAUCAGUCAUAUGUUCUAUAAAUGACCAAUUUUCAGAUGUUGUUUACAAAGUUCAAUUCAAAUUAGAACGCAACAAGUGGGCAAAACAGCUUAAUGAGCGUAUGAGGACUCAUGCACCUCGUUUGAGUCAGUUAGAAUUGAACACAGCCAAAACAAGAGUUCUCCAGAUUGAAUCUCGAAAAAUGUUAUUAGAAAAACAUUUCCAUCAUUCGGCAGCGAGCUUCAAUAAGACUCUCCAAGUCAUUGAGCCAAGUAUUGAACAGUACAAACAGUCAAUGUUCUCUAAAAUCGAAGAACUUCGCCCAUUAAUUAACAAAAUUUCCGAAAUUCAUUCAGUUCAGCACUUUGUUGAGCUUGAACAAGAAUUUAAGAUUAUGGAAAACCAUUUUCUUAGUGAAUACGAAGAAGAGAAGAAUAAAGAAAAAGAAUUAGUUCGAAGUUUAGAGUCAUCAUUUAAACAAUUAAAUGAUCGAUUCAUCGAAACUGUUUUAGCACAAGAUUCAUAUUCCAAUGAUGAACGGACGAACGCAAUGGCCUAUUUCGAUAAGAUGAACAACCAAGUCUCUAAUAUUUAUAACGCAUUGAAUGAGAAGAUCAACAAUGCGUCAACAGAAAUCGAGCACAAAUAUCAACAAUUAACAGAAGAAUUCCAACAAUUAGUUCCUAAACAUACAGUUGAUGUUACAUUCAUUGAAUCAUUGAAUGCACAACAACAUGUUGCCAAAUCCAAAUACGACACAUUGUGUUUCCGGAACAGACAACAAGAACAAGAAAUCGAUUCAUUGAUUUCCCAAUUAAGUGAAGCAUUGCAAUCUGAAGAAAAUCCACAACAAAAGAUAUUAAGCGAAUUUGAAUCUAUCGAACGCUUACGUAUUGCAUUAGUCAAACGCGGCAAGCACCUGAUGAUCAUGAAAAGCGAUAUUUCACAUGAUCCUAUUGGUUACAACAUUGACUUAGAAACACAAGUUGUUAGUAGUGAUCAUGAUAAAGAACAAAACGAUAAAGACAAGAAAAACAAAAGAAAUCAGAAGAAACCUAGCACAUCUAAACCAAAGAUUUCAUCUAAGAAAGCACCGGAACAAGAUUCUCUUGGCACAAUGCAAGGCCAGAUUGAUCAGAUCACAUCAUCGUUGACUCAAACAUCAACAAAAACUAUCACUGACUACUUUUCACAACUUAAGACAAAUAAGUCGAACAUUUGCCGAGUCAACGAGAUCAAACCAAACCAAAAUGAGUGCAUUGAUAAUGUAAAACAAGUCUGGAAUAAACAGAUUGAGAACAAAGAACAAAUCUUUUCCAGUUCCGGUUUGAAAUACAGAACACAAGUUUCACAAUCUCUUCCAUUAUUACGAGAAGCCACAGUUUUAAUAUAUGAUUGUGUUGUUAAGUAUUAUGCGGAUAAAAUCGAAUUAUUGACUGUUGACAACAAAGACGAAUUCAACAAUAAAAUGAAAGAAUUAAGAACACAACGCGAUCAAAACGUCAAAGCAUUGAGUCCUAAAUUAUCCGAUUCAAACAACAUUUCCGAAUUAAAGAAAUUGUAUAAUUCAGAAGAAGAACGACGUAAGAAUGAAUUAACCGUUAUCCAAAACUACGAGAACUCUAUUAUCGAAACAGAGAAGAACGUAAUGAACAUGUUCACAUCACAUUUACCAUUAAUCACAUCUUCAUUGAUGUCAUUGUUUGAUAAAUUCCCAUUAUUAGAAGAUUUGAUUCCAGGUCCAGUUGCCAAUGAAGAACGCAGGACAUUGAAAUCAUUGAUUAAAGACAAAGAAAGGAAGUCCAUGCAAUUACCAGAUGACCAAGACAGACCAUUCCAUGUCCGGCAAUGGCCAACAUUACCUUUAACAAUGGAACCAUUGUCUUCUAUGACCAGUCAAACAGAAAGUCAAGAUCAACAAACGAAAGAGAAGAAUUCAGGAAGGAAAACAGUUAAGAAACCAAAGAAAUCAGAUGCAAUCAAGUCUGUUGAAUCCGCAAUGAUGCCUAUUAUUACAUCUAUUGACACAUCUAUGCAUCGCGGCGUUAUUGUUGAAAGGAAUCGCUCAUUUGAGGAAUAUCAACGUGAAAUGAAGUCACGUGUUACAUCAUUUGAAACAUAUAUCAAUUUCAUGAAAGAAGAAACACAGAAAUUCUCAGAAUUCUGGUUAAAGUCUAUCAACAACUUAUGUCCACGCUUCGUCAUCCCAAAAGAAUCUAAAUAA